UUCAUAUUCAAUCUUCGCUUGUUCUCUUCACAGCUUCAUUUCGCUUUCUGCUUCUACCAUUUCACUGUACUUCCAAUCCAUUCCUUGAAAUAUUUUUUUCAAAAUGGUUCACCUCCCUUACUUUACCUACGCCCUGGUGGCAUCCUCACUUCUUGGUGUCAUUUCUGCCCAGAAUAGGCCUAGGGGAAAUGGUGCACCCCCUGCCAACGUCCCGUUGAGCGCUCCUCCUCCAAAGAACACUCCAGUGCCAUCACCACAGCCCAGCCCUCCUCAGGGUGCAAUUAAACGAGCCAUAGCGGCAAAACAAAGCGGAGUUAUAUCUGCGCUCCAGAGCAUCAUCCCACCGACCGGGCCUCCACCUUCUGGCCUUCCUUCCGGUCCAGCCCCCAGUGGCCCUCCGCCGUCUGGUUUUCCAUCCGGGCGUACCCCUAACGGCCCUCCACCAUCAGGCUUUCGUUCUGGCCCAGCUCCCAGCGGCCCUCCGCCUUCUGGAGCGCCUUCGGGUCCUGCGCCCAGCGGUCCUCGACCAACUGGUGCUAUGAGACGGCAAGUAUCUUCAGCAUCAUCUCUCCCACCCCCGAGCGGUCCUGCUCCAAGUGGCCCAAGGCCAACGGGCCUUCCUCCGUCCGGCUUCCCCUCAAUUCCUGCGCCUAGUGGGCCUCCUCCAUCGGGAACGCCUGCUGGCCCAAUUCCCACCGGACAUCCGCCUUCCGGCCCCCCCUCUAGGCCCGCUCCUAGCGGUCCUCGUCCGACCGGCCUUGAGAGACGCCAAGAACCCUCCGCUUCAUCGCUUCCACCCCCAAGUGGUCCUGCUCCCAGCGGCCCAAAGCCCACCGGGCCUCCCCCAAGCGGGAUGCGGCUCCCGUCUGGUGCUCAUCCAAGCGGCCCUCAUCCAAGCGGAUCUCCUCCAAGCGGAGCUCCCAGCGGACCCUCUCCAUCUGGUCCCAGGCCAACUGGACCGAUUCCCAGUGGUGCUGCAGGAGCUAAAGCCGUCUCUGAUGCUCCAGCACCAAGUGUCCUAGAACCCACUGGAAAACCGCCUGCCCAUCCAUCUGGUACGCCUCCGUCUGGUGUGCUACCUUCUGGCCCUGCCCCCACUGGGCCCAAGCCGACCGGGCCUGCGCCAACAGGAUCUAUUCCGACUGUGAAAGGUUCCCGUACCCCGAGUGGGUUCGUGACAAAGAAAGUUCCCUGAGCGUAAGAAAGAACUUCUUAGGGGUUUAGUGUCACUGAUAAAUAUAUGUUACCCCUUCACCUUCACCUUCAGGAAACAAGCUCGGGAGAGUCACUUUAUGUAUUCUGGGCGAUUGUUAAGCGCAGACCCGCGUUGGUUUUAUGAUCUGCGUAAACAUCCACUCGUUUAUCUUACUUAAAAAAGCUGCGGUCAGUGAGGCAGUUUAGGCGCUUUAUAUUCUUGUAGCCACUCGUUUGCACGAUUUUAAGAACUGUAUAUAUAUCUUA